CUUGAGGCAUUAUCAGACGAAGUGUAGUGGAAUAUUUGCGAUAAAUGGAUAAAACUAUGGACUACGGGCGAAAAUGAGUGCGUGUGAGUCGACGGGGGACGCUGCAAGCGACACGGAAGUGGAAUGUUUCUUCCGUCCAGGUGGAAGACGUAACGAUGGGUUGAAAGCGGCCGACAUUGUCCCCAUUUUGAGGGAGAGGGUUGCAUAUUUGUCAGGUGGGCGUGACAAACGGGGCGGCCCAAUCCUCACCUUUCCCUCCCACACCCACCCAGAGAGACUGAAGCAAGAUGAUCUGAAGAAGCUGAUGAAGUACCUGGCCAGUGUACCCAGUGAGGACAUCAAAGAGAGGGGUUUUUCCGUGAUCCUGGACAUGAGGGGAUCUACUUGGCAGACGGUCAAACCUAUCGUUAAGGCCCUACAGGAAUGUUUCCCAGGAAGUAUACAUGUGGCAUACAUUAUCAAACCAGAAAAGUUUUGGGAGAAGCAACGGACAAGUAUCGGCAGUUCCAAGUACAAGUUUGAGACAAGCAUGAUAUCAGUGGACACACUACUGAAGGUUAUUGAUCCAGUGCAGUUGACACGCGAGUUUGAAGGGACACUUGAGUAUGACCAUGAGCAGUGGAUCCAGCUAAGAUUGAUGCUGGAAGAAUUUAUCUGGAAGGCGUUAGACUUGUUGGAAAAAUUGGACGAACUAGCUGAAAUCCUCACGUCUCCUGAGUUACCCGAUGACGUUGGCGGGGCACAGGGGAUGUUAGAAGAGCACAGUCAUGUGCGUCAGAGGGUACUGCGUGCCCCGGUGGAGGACCUGGCCUUGGAGGGGCAACAUAUCCUUACAUGUAUAACUGGGGAUGAGACAGGGCGGCCAGGGAGUGGCGCCAAACCUACGAUGAUUUCUGGAAACGCUGACUUCCAAACUUCGGUUCCCCAGAUUUCACAGCUUCUGGAGAAUCUCCAUUCUACCCGGCAACAUCUCAACCAACUCUGGACUGCCAAGAAAAGCAGAUUAGAACAGUGCUUUCAGCUGCGUCUCUUUGAGGACGAUUGUGAAAAGAUGUUUGAUUGGAUAACUCAGAGCCGAGAAGUUUUUCUGGUCAACUACACAGAGAUCGGAAGCGCCCAUCAGCUGGCUGCAGAUUUGCAAUCCCAGCAUUCCCAGUUUACUUCCAACUGUAUGAAUGUCUAUUUGAAUAUAUCCCGAAUCCUGGAGGCAGCACAGCGAUUGUGCGACUCGGGACACUACGCCUCAAACACUAUACGCCUUCAGGCUACGCGUUUGGAAAGAGAGUGGAAAAGCCUGGCUGCUGCUUUGGAUGACCGGAGCACAGUGCUAGCCAUGUCAGUGCUGUUCCACAAGAAAGCCGAAAUGUACCUGUGCCAGGUGUCUGGUUGGCUAGAGGCCUGUCAAAACCCUGAUAUUCCUUCUCAUAUUGAGGACCUGGAAUUAUCGUUACAAGAACAUCAGACCCUAAUUGAGACGAUCAGCCAAGCUUAUGCAGAGGUGUGUGCUGACGGGAAGACGUUGCUGGACACCUUACAGACGCCUGUCUCUACCGGCAGUAACAACUCACUGACCGCUAAGGCUGAUUACUCCGAGGCUGCUGCUCAUGUGCUGGAUGUCGUACACGAGGUAUUGGCACAUCAGCGACAUUUAGAGACAUUAUGGCACAGCAAGAAAGUCAAACUUCAUCAGAGGCUGGGUCUGAGACUGUUCCAGCAGGAUGUCAAACAAGUUAUUGAUUGGCUGGAUAAUCACGGAGAUGUGUUUUUACGGAAGAACACAGCAAUAGGAAAAAGUCUUCAGCGAGCAAAGGCUUUACAGAAGAGUCAUGAGCACUUUGAGUCUGUUGCACAGAACACAAUCACGAACGCAGACAAGCUCUUGGCGGCUGCUGACGAACUUGCUCAGACGGGAGAAUGCAACCCAGAGGAGAUUUACCGCGAGGCCCAGGAACUGGAAGAGCGCAUGCACAACUUCCUGACGAGUCUGGAGUGCAGGCGCGGGGUCCUCGACAUGACAGUCUCCUUCUACUCGCAUGUUCAUGAGUUGACAUCCUGGCUAGAAGAGCUUCAGCAAGAACUUCAAAGUUCAGAAAUCGCCGACACAGUAGAAGGCGCAGAACAGCUACUGGAGCAGUUCAAUCAACAAAGGGAUACAACUCUGGAAGCAGCAAUUAACACAGUAGAUGAAGGCGAGAUUUUGGUGCAACAGUUAAGAAGUAUGAGCAUGGAAUCUGAGAAACUCAGCUCCUCAAAUGAUGUCUCACACAUUGAGGGUGUGAUUGGUCAGCUAAAUGAGAGUCGUGGGAAGCUGGAAGAGCUGUGGUCAGCUAGGAAGCUCAAACUGGACCUUUGUCUGCAGCUGCGCUUGUUUGAGAGGGAUGCAUUAGAGGUGUCCUCACAGUUAGAACUUUGGGCUGAAGAACUACAGCACCUGGAGCUUUGCUCUGACACCAGUAAGGCUGAACAGAUUCUGCAGAUGCAUAACGACAGUGUCAUGCACAUGCAGAGCUGCACCUUUGAGGUGUUGCAGCGUGGACAGGAACUUUGUCAGGUGUUUGAGACGUCCGGUGUCCAGCUGAUGGCAGACAGCCAAUACGAUGCUCAAACCAGGAUUCAGGUUUUGCUGGAAUUCCUUCACGAACGCGAACUUGACCUGGAGAACCUGGCAGAGAGCAAGAGGCUUCAGCUCGAACAGUGUGUUCAACUUCGACAUUUUGAAAUCGAGGCCAGACAGGUGAUCAGUUGGAUUAGGAAUGGAGAGACAAUGCUGACCUCCAGUUUUAUGUGCCCCAACUCCCUGCCAGAGGCUGACCAGCUCAAACAACAACAUGAGCAGUUCCAGAUGGCUAUUGAGAAAACGCACAUGAGCGUGGUGCAGAUUACCCAGAAGGCAGAGGCCAUGAUCCAGGGUGGCCAUUACAACUCCGAGCUUGUGCGAGCGAUCGCAGAAAAUGUGACAAUGACAUGGCAGCAGUUAAUGUACCACGCAGAAGAGCGGCACAAGCUAGUCAUGGCCUCCAUGAACUGGUACAAGACCGCAGAACAGGUGUGCUCUGUCCUGGAGAGUUUGGAUCGAGAGUAUCAGCGUGACGAGGAUUGGUGUAGCACAGAGCGGGCGAACGCUGCGGACAAAGUGUCGUACCUCCAUCAGCUCAUCAUCAAGCAUCAGGACCAGAAAGAGGCCUUCCUGAAGGCGUGCACUCUGGCCAGACGGACUGCAGACACGUUCCUGAAGUAUGUUCACAGAAAUCUGCACUUCAUGGGAAUGCAGUUGAAGGCCCGCACCACCCUCGAUCAGCUGUUCCAGCAGGAGAACCUAGUGCUAGAAUUCUGGACUGUUCGGAAGAAGAAGCUUGAUCAGUGCCAUCAAUAUGCUCUGUUUGAGCGCAGUGCUAAGCAGGCCCUGGACUGGAUUCAUGACACAGGAGAGUUUUAUUUGUCCACACACACCAAUGUCGGGGAGAGUCCUCAGGAAACUGAGGCUCUCCUUAAGGAGCACCAUGAGUUUAAGGCAACGGCUAAGGAAACCAAAGAAAAAGUCAAACUCUUGUUACAGUUGGCCGAGAGUUUAGUCACCAAAGGUCAUCCCCAUGCCAACAGCAUCAAGUCGUGGGUGUCUGCUGUAGACAAAAGGUACAAGGACUUUUCCUCUCGUAUGGAGAAGUACCGAGUCCGAUUGGAGACAACUCUGGGUUUAACUGAAGAGCCACAAUCGACACCCCAACAGCCUCCACAGCAAGAGGGCAAGACUCAUCACAGCGAAUCAGAAGAUCGCCAUAGUGACCCUACAAUUGAAGAAAAACUACAACACACCUCAAAGGAGCUGACCGAGGAAAAGAGGCGGUCUGCUCGACGAAGAGAGUUUAUUAUGGCUGAACUGUUACAAACAGAGAGGGCGUAUGUCAAGGAUCUCGAAGUCUGUCUCAAUAGCUACCUGAUUGAAAUGACCAAUGCUAAAAACAACAUACCUCCGAAAAUCCGCGAUAAAUGUGGAGUUAUCUUCAGCAAUAUCGCUCAAAUCUACCAGUUUCACAACAGUGUCUUUCUGAAAGAGUUGGAAAAAUAUGAAACAAUACCAGAAGAUGUGGGUCAUUGUUUUGUAACCUGGGCUGAGAAGUUCUCCAUGUAUGUGACUUACUGUAAAAACAAGCCUGACUCUAACCAGCUACUUGUGGAGGCGGCUGGCAGUUUCUUUGAGGAAAUGCAACAGAGACACAAGUUGAAUGAGCCGCUAGCUUCCUAUCUGAUCAAACCCGUACAGAGGAUCACCAAAUAUCAGCUGCUUCUGAAGGACCUACUGGCCUGCUGUGAGGAACACACGGGAGAAAUCAGGGAUGGCUUAGAAGUGAUGUUAAAUGUGCCAAAGAAAGCUAAUGAUGCCAUGCACCUGAGUUUACUGGAGGGUUUACAGGACAGCCUUUUGGGAUUGGGAGAAGUUUUGCUACAAGAUAACUUCACAGUCUGGGACCCAAAACAAUUGAUAAAGAAAGGUCGUGAAAGACGCAUCUUCCUGUUUGAAAUGUGCCUAGUGUUUGCCAAAGAAAUGAAAGACAGCAACGGGAAAGCCAAAUAUGGCUACAAAUUUAAAUUAAUGAUAGCUGAUAUCAACAUCACAGAGCACAUAGAAGGAGAUGAGUGUAAAUUUGCCUUAUGGACAGGUCACGCUCCCAUUUCUGACUACAAGAUUAUUCUUAAGGCGUCAUCAUUGGACAUGAAGCAGGUUUGGGUGAAAAAGAUGAGAGAACUGAUCCAGGACAGGUUGAUGUAUGUGCACGAAGCCCUCAGGGAACCCCUGAUCAAACCCAUGUUCUCCAAACCACAGAGGUUCCAUCCCAACAGAGUCAGCAAGGACCUUGAUAGUGACUCUAUGUCUCUGGAUGAGGUUGGUUUUAACCGCCGUGGAUCCUUGAUCUCAGUAACUUCCACAGCCACAACGGGAACCACGGACAGUAGCAGUAGCAGUGGCAGUAAGACACAGUAUGACAUCACAGUGGUAAUCGAGGAUUACAGCGCUAUCGGCAGCAACGAGCUCACCUUGCACCGUGGUCAGCAGGUGGAGGUAUUAGAUGCAGCACCGGGACAGGCAGAUUACUGUUUGGUUCGCACCGUGCCCAUAGAUGGUGCCGAUCCAGUCCAGGGAUUAGCGCCUAUGUGUGCGCUGAAACCGGUCGCAAGUUUACGCAUAUCCGGGUCUAGGACUAGUAUUGACGGUGACGAAGUCUAUGAAGGUGGAAUGUCGUUGUCAGGUGGAAACAGCUCGGCCUCAGCGUCACCAGUCACCAAGAGGCGCAGCAGCUUCAGAAAAUGGCUGACAAAUCCAGUGCGUAAACUAAGCCAAAGUAAGAUCGACAAAGCCGCGCUGGAGAAGCAUAGCUGGGACGUCAGUCGGGUGAAAGGUGAUAGGAGGUCAGGAACAGCAAAGGAGCAAACCGAAGUGACAUCAUCAGAGGAGAUUAUCGUGGCCUCCCAAGCUCAACCAGCCAAUCAAAAGCCUCCUGGUCCAUUGCAGGCGACCAAUGAGGAGCCAGAAGCUGCUCAGGAUGUGGAAAUCCCUCCACCAAUGGCCAUCCAGGACCAUACGUUUGCGUCUCAGCAGCCGUCCCAAGAGGAUCUCCACGCCAAAUUGGCCUCCAACCUCUCAUUGGUUACUGAUGCCACCAGCUCCUUAGAUCUAGCCAAUGAAAUUGAAAAUAUCGUGAAACACCGAUUGGAACCACAGUCAUCCGAGCAGAGUCAGUCCGGCCAAUCAGAAUGUGCGGAGGAACUGGACGAAGACACAAGGGCUAAAUAUUUGCAUAAACGAGAGUUUGUUAUACAGGAGUUGAUAGAAACAGAAAGAGUCUAUGUUAGAGAUUUGGGCGGAGUUGUAGAGGGUUAUAUGCAGUAUAUGAAAGAAAACCCGAUUCCAGAAGAGAUGGAAGGGAAGGACAAAGUUGUAUUUGGAAAUAUACACCAGAUCUACGACUGGCACAGAGAAACAUUUUCUGAAGAGCUGGAGAAGUGUUUGGCAGAACCAGAAAGGAUUGGACCAUUAUUUACACGAUAUGAAAGACGCCUAUAUAUGUACGUGAAAUACUGCGAAAAUAAACCCAAGUCUGAAAGUAUCGUAGCUGAAUUCACAGACACGUAUUUUGAGGAAAUCCGACAGAAAUUGGGUCACCGUUUACAGCUGCCAGAUUUACUCAUUAAGCCUGUCCAGAGAAUUAUGAAGUACCAAUUACUGCUGAAAGAUAUAUUGAAGUACACGGAGAAGGCAGGGUUGGACACAACUGAUCUACGCAAGGCCCUGACUGUUAUGUGUGUCGUCCCUAAGGCAGCCAAUGAUAUGAUGAACGUUGGUAGAUUACAGGGAUUCCUAGGGAAAAUCACAGCUCAAGGAAAGUUAUUGUUACAGGAUACAUUACUAGUCCAAGAAGUAGAAGCCAAUGUGCCAACAAAGUUCCGUGAGAGGCGAAUGUUUUUGUUUGAACAGAUCAUCAUUUUUAGUGAAAUGACGGAAAAGAGAAAAGGGAACUUUACCAAUCCUGGAUACAUAUAUAAAAAUAGCAUCAAGGUGAAUAAGAUGUCAAUGACUGAGGAUAGUGACCCCCUUAAGUUCGUGCUGAUCGACAAAACCCCAGGGGCUGAUUUGAAGCUGGUGAUCCAGGCACCCAGCGAGGAGGUCAAGGCAACCUGGGUGUCACACAUACGCUCCAUCCUCGACAUGCAGGGCGAUUUUCUGAGAGCUCUUCAGUCCCCAAUAGCCUACCAAAAAGAGCUGACAAAGGAACUAUCUGCCCCAGAAUUUGGAAGCUUGGAGGCCAGAAACUCUUCGCUACGAAAAACACAGUCCAAUCCUCAGCACAACAAAGCUGUGUCACCAUUGGCUGCUUCAGCCACAACUCCAAAUAUAUUAGCAAAGCCGACAGGAAAGGGAGAUCUCAAGAAACAGGAUCGGUGUCAUUCUGUGCCCGGCCCUCUUCCCAGCGGAGAGACUUUGGUGGAGGAAGAUUUUAGUAAAACUUCAGAUCCUAGCUCACCAGUUGAUACAAGUAGCUCAAAAGAAGCCAGCUUAGAAAGGCUGAAAUCCUCCGACGGCAGUUUACGAAAAGUUCCUUCCCCAAGCCCUUCGGCCACAAGCUCAGAGGCCAGUUCACCAAAACCAAAGAAAAACACUGGCCUUUUCGAGGGUUUCAGAAACACUCUUCGAAAGUCGAAAACUGACGGUGGUGGCAGCGGUGGGACAGGUCAAAAGGGCUCUGAUGUGUAUGCAACUCCAGUUUCUAUGCCUGAUAUCGUGCAGGACAGUGGUGUGCGGACUCAUUCUAACGAUGACGCAGCAAGUGGUAGUGCCUCUGCUGCGGCUAACUCGGUCGCCGCGACAUCUGCUGCCGCUCAACCACCACUAACGACAACGACGAUGGCGGCUAAACAGGCCAGCACAGACAGUUCUGAGGCUGAUCAAAGCCCGAAUGACUCAGGAGUGACAAUGGUCAAAUGCCAAAUGGAUUUCACGGCCGUGAAAGAGGACGAAAUCUCCAUGUGGAAAGGUGAGCUCGUGCAGCUUGUGAGUGCUAACCAGCACAAUCGCUACCUCGUGUACCGACCAGCCAAUGAGAACUCUCCCGCCGCUGAAGGAUGGGUCCCUGGCCAUGUGAUUGGUCAGAAAGAUGGUGAUAAUGGCUUCAGAAAACGACAGAUGCUGAAACUUCCAAAAUGGAAAUCAGCUGAAAGAAAAGAUAUGGAUGGACGCAACAGUAUGGAGAGGCGAAGUAAAACACUAGGGAGAGAACCCAGGUCUGCGAGGCUGUUGAAUCCUGAUCACAUGUUUGAGGCUGGACCAAUCAUACAGCAGCCCUUGGUGGAUGUAAUCCUGCAUGCGGGGGAGACUGCCGUGUUCACAUGUAAAAUCUGUGGCAGACCUAGACCGAAUAUUACGUGGAAGUCACCAGACUCCUCAGUUAUCUCCCCUGGUCCAAGAGUCACCUUAACGCACACGGAUGACGGAGUUUUCUCCCUUCAUAUGAGUCACAUACAGCUAGAGGAUAGCGGGGAGUACACAUGUGUGGCCAGCAGUGAGCUGGGCUCUACCGUCACAGCAGCCCGACUCCUGGUUAUAGAUAAACCUUUUGCACCUGGGCGACCUAUUAUACGUAACCAGGUGGGUAACGCAGUUCACCUGGAGUGGCCUCCCCCUCCCCAGAUAGGUGGGAUUCCCGUUCAGGGGUAUACAGUAGAGGUGACAGACACAGGGUCUAAUCUGUGGCACGCGGCCGUGGCUUACGUGCCCAGUUGUUCUCAGGUGAUCGAGGACCUUUGCCCAGGAGUGACUUUCAGGUUUAGAGUCAGCGCUAACAACGCAGUGGGGAUGAGUGAGCCGAGCCCCCCGUCAGAGCCCGUCACCAUUCCCACAGAGACUGAGCUGAGUGAGGGAGAGGAGAUGGGAAGGGCAGUGUGGAAGUGUACAUAUCUGGACGACUACACAGAGGUGGGCGAGAUCUCACGGGGCCGUUUCUCUGUGGUGAAGCAAUGCGUACAGAAAUGUUCAGGACGGGACGUGGCUGCCAAGUGUAUCAGUCGCCGCCUGGUAGCCAGCGAAGCCGUCGAGACAGAGUUCAAUACUUUACAGAGUCUGCAGCAUUGUCACCUGAUUCACUCCUUUGAUCUCUACCUGACGCCCAAUCACCAGAUCAUCAUCCUAGAGCUGUUACCAUUUGGUCGCCUUUUCGACUACAUCUGCAGUUUCACAACGACUGAUGAGGUGCAGAUUUCAGUGUAUCUCCAUCAACUGUUAGAUGUGGUACAAUACCUGCACAACUGUAGGAUAGCUCAUCUCGACAUAAAGCCUGAAAAUCUGAUGGUGGACCUUGGAAUAACUCCGACUGUCAAACUGGUGGAUUUUGGGGAUGCCAGACAUAUUUAUAAUAAUUAUUACGUCCAUCCCAUGGUGGGAAGCCCUGAGUUUAUGUCCCCAGAGAUGGUGAAGGGCACACCUGUGGCACUUCUCACAGAUAUAUGGAGUGUGGGUGUGCUACUGUACGUGAUGUUGAGUGGGGUUUCCCCAUUCCUGGAUGAAAGCCUGGAGGAAACCUGCUCAAACAUUCUGCGGACAGAUUACUGUUUCCCGGAGGAGUAUUUCGCUAAGGUUUCCCAGGAGGCUAAAGAUCUGAUCAGCAGCAUGCUCGUGGAUGAGCUGAGCAAACGGCCAACUGCUCAGUCAUUGCUGGGUGUUGAUUGGGUGAAGCGAGGAUUAGCUGGGCACCCCUCCACUGCCCGAGUUCAACCCAUUUCAACAGGGAAGCUCCUGGACUUCAUAGAGAGAAGAAAGCAUCAGGUCAUGCAGGAAACAUGAUUUUCAUUGGACAGCACAUCCCACAUGUAGCUGUUUGAUUGAAUGUGUAAGAGAUUUGAGAAAUGAAAUCCAGCAAACUGUGUCCUAUGAGAGUUGUAGUUAGCUCUGGUUGACUGAAGCCACGAUGUGAUCCAGCGCCAUUCAGCACAAACAAGUGAAGGAUGAUUUUGAUAGACUUGUUAUAACCAAUCAGCACUGACGAUUCAAAAUGAUAUUUGGUUGGCUGAAAGUGACCAAUCAGUGGGAUUGUAACUAGUCAAUUUUCUAUACCAUAUCUGUGUGUAAUAUAGUAUUUAUUUGACAACAGCUUGUCUUUGCUGCAAACUGUUUUAGGUCUUGCUAGUAAUAUAACUAUGUUAAUCAUAUCUUUGAAAAAUUUGUCACAUCACAUGCUUUGUGCAUAUGUGGAUUGUCAUUAUUCAAGAAGCAUUUUGGCAUCAGCCUAUACUUGCUAACUACAUGUAACUAGCUCUUGGACAAUUCAUUAUGAGGUAUGACUGAAGGAGAAGUGUUUGGUCAUCUGAUCUUAACAUGAAAGAGAAAUUUGUUUAGAUGAUGAAUUACAUGUAUCUUGUAUUUCUUUCUUUCUUACUUUUUUGUACGGAUUUUUAUGUAAGUGAUCAUGUGUAAGUUGAAGUUCAAGUAGAGGGUGUUCCUACCCUCACCCCUGUACUGUUUGAAAUGCCUGUCAUAAACAGGCUGUGUGCCUUGGGUUGGGAUGGGCGAGGGAGCGAUGGGGUGGUGCUUGUUUUAGGGCCCACCCCUCUGACUCUUCUUAACGAAUGUGUCUUCUUGCUGCACUGAUCAACAAGCUAAUUGUUCAGAGUUCAUGAUACCCAACCCAUCACACCUGCCAAAAACUGCUUACAUGUACAUGGAAAGAUUGUUGGCCCUUUCUUAAGUGUAUUUUUAUUAUGCAUUGUACCUGACUUUUUGACUACCAAAGAGACCGAAGGGAGAAAAGAGAAAUGUUAACUCAACGUUGUCCGUUAAAAUGAAUUUUAUCACCAAAAUGCGAUCUCCAAUUUAAGCUUCAUAAAGUCCAUGACUGUACACUGUUUACUCAGGCAUUGACUUUUCCUGAUAAUUAAAGGUCUUGACAUUUAUUUGACCUCAUUUGUUGUUAGCUGACCUUGACGUUCAUUUUAAUCUUACAUUGUCUGUUAAUGUUCAAAAAGGUCGUUUUAAAUUUCUGAACCUGAUUUCAUCGAAUACUGAAACGUGAUCAGAAUGUCCAAAAGCACAGAUGUGAAUAAGGCCACUGACCUCCAUAAUGGAGAGAACAUGUGACAAAUUUCUAUUUAAAAAUAUGUAGAGGUCAUCCGGGUGAUUUUAUCCACCACCAAAUGCCCAUCUUGUUGUUCAUUUAGUAAACACAUUGCAUUCAUAAUAGUGCGUGACUCUUAACAUGUGUAAGAUGAACACUUUCUGGCUGUGUGGUAUUGACAUCUGCACUUGAGACACUGGUGUCUGACCAUUACACUAUUCAGAUAAGCAUUACCUACUGAAGUCGUAUUGACACUUGAUAUAAUAAGUCAUUAAGUCAUCUAAUGUAAAUCCAGAUCUGCCCGGCCCAUCUGCGGUCAUAACCUCAGGGACGAUUUUCAGUUGCCUGUUGAGGCGGGAUGGUAUCGAUUAUGUGUGCCCGGUUAAAUUUCCUCUAACCUACCCAUAAUCUCCACCACCAUUGUGUAUUGGAAAUUUCCACCCCGGUCUCCGGUUUCCUCCACUCACAAGGCUGGCAGUGCAAGAGAAAAAUUAUUGAGUACCGCAUGACGUUAAGGACAAAUCAAAUAGAUAAAUGUAGGUGAAGGAAUAGUGAGUACACUACUGAACACAACGCUCACGAAUAUGUAAAUUAGCUAAAUGUGCGAAACCCUCACGGUAUAUUAGUUGAUAAGUGGCGCCACAUAUCAUCUCUUACUCUCCAGAGCCCAUUUUGAUUUUAUUUAUUUAUUUAAUUGUUGUUUCAUGCCGUACUCAAGAAUAUUUCACUUAUACGACGGCGGCCGUAUGGUGGGAGGAAACCGGACAGAGCCCGGGGGAAACCCACGACCAUCGCAGGUUGUUGCCAGACCUUCUCACUAGAGCUCAUUUUGAUAGUGCUAGAUAAUUGAUAAGAAUAACAAAGGGAGAGCAGUAUAAAUCUGUACUACUGACGACAUGUUUGUUUUUGUAUUUGUUGACAAAGAAGUAUGUAAGGGCUCCCCCCCCACCCCCCAAAAAAAAUAACACUGUGUAGGCCUAUAUCGAUGUCUUGUUCAUGCCAAGUUUUCAAAAAAUGUGUCUUAUGUCUCAAACUGCAAUUUUUUAGUUUUUUAAUAUUAAGUAUUUCUGAUGUGGUGCUGUUCUACUUGAUAAAAUGUAAAUGCUAAUCAGUUUAGGCUCAUCAUGUAGUCGUUCUUAAUUGUGUGUUAUCAGGAGAGGCGUAGAUAUUGUGCCUUGGCUUUAGCAGAAACACCUGUUAUAAAUCUUGUUAUAAGCUUUUGUCGCUGACACUCAAAAGUUUCUGUUUCCUUUGUCACUUUAAUAGAUGUCCUAACAAAAAGGAAAUAACCACUGCAAUUGGUUUCCGAACAAAAGAGCGGCAAUCACGGCAAUGGAUGUCCGAACAAACGAGAGAUAAUCACGGCAAUAGAUGCCCCAACAAAAGGGAGAUAAUCACUGGAAUAGAUCUCCGAACAAAAGGGGGAUAAAUCCAGAAUUGCGUGACGUUGUUGAGUGUGUGGAAUAUCUGAACGAUCUCUUCUAGCGUGAUUAUCACUGUACUUGUGUAGUAUUUUGGCUGUGUUAUGUAAAAAAAACAGUUGCAGUUGCUGAAACAUGUUUUUCUGUGUGUAACAUUCAUCAGAAUAUUGUGCAUAUAAGUUAACACAAAGUAAUUUGUGAAAAUGAAUAAAAUUUACAAG